AUGACGGAGUGUCGCCACCGAGCAAUAUUCCGUUCUGACGAUGCUGAUUGGCCAGCGCACUUCGAUAUUUCCGACGCCUCGAGAUUCAAUCCCAUCAGCCUCGCUUGAACCCUUAGCUGUCUCUCAUUCAGCCGCAACAAUGUCUAAAUCUGUCGCCUACAAACACCUCGUCCGCGCCCUCUCUCUCUGGCCCAAGGACCGUCUCCGCCCAGACUGCCAGCUCCAAGACAUCCUCCUCGCGCGCGCAAACAAGACCUUCAUCCCAGCCGCCUCCGCAUCAGGCGCCCCCACGCCCGCUAUCAACGAGAGAGCCGAGCUCGAGAACGCGAACGCGUUAUAUAGUCUCCUCGACAACCGUUAUGCACUGAGAUACCAACCCCGAAAGAACCUGCUCAUGCGCCCAGCGAGCAACCCAGAUCACUACAACGAUAUCAUCGAGGAGAUUGACGCCGCGCCGAGCCGCGGGAUGUGGGGACGCAUUAGAAACCGCUUGUCGGGGUUGUUGAGGUUUUCAUAGGUGCGGAGCGGCGACUGGUGGGAUGUACGAUACAGGUUGUGUAAACUGUACGAUGCAGGCUUAGGAUAAGGCUUUAAUAGAGAGAGGGGCUGGGGCGAGAAGAAAGUGAUAUGUAUACGGGAUAUAUAUGGCAUAGCUUGGCGUUUACGGAGAAACAGUGUAUGAUACAAUAGCCACUGGCGGCAGAUAGGAAAACAAUUGGGAGAGAUAUCUAUAUAUAAAUGCUAUUCAGCAUCUCUCACAACGAAAUCUCUCGGGUGUGUCUGAUGCCAUGUCUG